AUGUCCUUCAGCAGAGUUACGGUUCGCUCUCCAGUGACAUCAUCCGCCACGAUGUUGCGCUGUGUGAGAAGCCCCUACAAGACCCCCGCCCAUCGUCUGUUCUCCUCAUAUGGAAAUGCACACCGGUCUUCCAAGCGCGACAUGCAGACCGCUACUGCGUAUCGCCCGCAUUCCUUGCCGACCGCUUUUCCACCUCCCCGGAGCGGCGGAAGUUACGACACCUCUAUCUCAGCAGAUUUCCCUCCGCUCCGAGAGACAGCGACACAGCAGCAAGGAAUCUUCCCAAAUGUCAGUCUCAGAGAGAAUGAGGCGCAGAAGUCCAAGCCCGUCGAAUCCACUUCUCCAGCCCCGAAGCCCGCGGAAAAGCCUAGGAGGAAGCUACGUGCACGGAAAGCGGCUAUGAAGUUAACACCCGAGGCUAUCGUUCAACUCCGUAAACUACUGUCUCAGCCGGACCCGAAAUUGAUCCGAGUUGGCGUAAAGAACCGUGGCUGCUCCGGUCUCGCCUACCACCUCGAAUACGUGGAGAAGCCGGGUACCUUCGAUGAAGUGGUGGAACAGGAUGGCGUCAAGGUUUUGAUUGACAGCAAGGCGUUGUUCAGCAUCAUCGGUAGUGAAAUGGAUUGGCAAGAAGAUAAGUUGAGCAGGAGAUUCAUCUUCAAGAACCCAAAUAUCAAGGAAUCAUGUGGAUGCGGUGAAUCCUUUAUGGUUUAG